AUGACGGCUGUCUCAGUCAUGAGGCGGAAUAUGGCUCAUCGUGCUCUACCGACCUAUCAAGCGCCUUCCUCCACCACCGGCGCGCCUUCUCAGGACGUGCCUUCGCAUGUCGGAUAUCCCGAGAGCAACUACGCCUACCUAACUCGCCCGGGCCCCUACAUGCCCCCGCUGGAGGAAGAGCAUGAUGCUUGUGGUGCCGUCCUCUCAAACAUUGCACAGCAAGUACCAGAGCCGACGUACGUCACCGUCAACAAGGGGUACAACGUGUUCACCUCUGAAGAACCGUUCCAGUGCGACAUCACCCACAAUCCCAAUGGUGGUCUCCUCUCGGGUCUGCAAAUCGCCUAUGAAACAUGGGGUGAGCUCAACGCCAAACGAGACAACGCUAUUCUUCUGCACACUGGCCUUUCAGCCUCGAGCCACGCUGCGGCCCAUCCCAAUCAUGAUGCCCCAGGUUGGUGGGAAAAGUUUAUUGGUCCAGGCAAGGCACUAGACACGGACAAGUUUUUCAUUAUUUGCUCCAACAACCUUGGGGGCUGCUAUGGAACAACCGGGCCCGCCCACAUCAACCCAGCGGAUGGCGAGCGCUAUGCGAUGCGAUUUCCGCUUGUCACCGUCCAGGACAUGGUUCGCGCCCAGUUCCGCCUUCUGGACCACCUGGGCAUCCAUCGUCUCCACGCAUCUGUCGGCUCUUCCCUCGGAGGCAUGCAGAGUCUUACAGCUGCCGCCCUCUUCCCCGAGCGCGUCAAUAGCUGUGUGAGCAUCAGCGCCGCUCACCGCGCUCAUCCCACGGCCAUUGCACUUCGCUACAUGCAACGUCGCAUCAUCAUGUCUGACCCGCAUUGGGCUGGUGGCAAUUACUAUGACAACACUUUUCCUGUCGUGGGCAUGAAGCAUGCACGCGAGGUGGCUACCAUUAGCUAUCGGUCUGGCCCCGAGUGGUCGGAUCGCUUUGACAGGCAGCGCAUUGAAGGCGCCAAACACUCCUUUCAACCCGAGUUUUUGAUUGAAACCUACUUGGACCAUCAAGGCACACAAGCCUGCUUGCGCUAUGACCCAAACUCACUUCUUUACAUUUCCAAGGCCAUGGAUCUCUUCGAUCUCACGGAAGGCUUUGCUACACCUGAAGAGGCACUCGAACGCAUCGGCUGCCCGACGCUGGUGAUUGGCGUCCAGUCUGACUUGCUCUUCCCUGUAUCUCAGCAACAAGAGCUAGUGCGCCUACUCAGGAGAAGUGGCAAUCGUCGCGUGACGUACUUUGAGUUGGAUGCACUCUACGGUCAUGACACGUUUUUGAUCGAUGUUCAGACCGUGGGUGCGGCUGUUAAGGGACACAUUGAACACAGUGCCGUGACCGAUAUUUAA